AAUUUCCUCCUCUCUUUUUCUGUUCACUGUUGGUAUAAGUUGGCAUCAAGAUCCGAAUCCAUGCACACUCGUCUCCUUUCUAGUUCUGCUCGAUCUGCUCAAUUGCUAUCCCGUCUUGAGAUCGGCUCGGACUGAUCUCGGUAAGUCCGUGAAUCUUCCUUUCCUUGCAGAUCAGUCAUGGGAGGAGCCAGCGAUGCAGGCGGUGGAGGAACGAUGAGGAGGAGGUUUUGCUUAUGCUCGAAGGAUGACUUCCUCCCCGAAGCGUCCUUCAGGAGCUGGGGAAACUACUGGGCUGCCUUCAACGAGACGCCCGCGCGGCUGCGGGACCGGGUCCUGACCCGGUCCCUCGAGACGACGGAGCUCCACGAGGUCAAGGCCCGGAGCCAGCACGAGAUGAAGCGGACGCUGACGUGGUGGGACCUGAUCUGGUUCGGGAUCGGGGCCGUCAUCGGCGCCGGCAUCUUCGUGCUCACCGGCCUCGAGGCGAGGGAACACGCCGGCCCCGCCGUCGUGCUCUCCUUCGUGGUCUCGGGCAUAUCGGCCAUGCUCUCCGUCUUCUGUUACACCGAGUUUGCUGUGGAAAUACCAGUGGCAGGUGGAUCAUUUGCCUACUUAAGAGUAGAGCUUGGGGACUUCAUGGCCUUCAUCGCAGCGGGCAACAUCCUGCUCGAGUACGUGAUCGGUGGCGCAGCCGUCGCGCGCUCCUGGACGUCCUACUUCGCCACCCUCCUCAACCACAAACCCGAGGAUUUCGUCAUCAAAGCCCACGGCCUGGCCAAUGGCUACAACGAACUCGACCCCAUCGCUGUGUGCAUCUGCGGCAUCAUCUGCAUCUUUGCAGUCCUCAGCACCAAGGGCUCAUCCCGCCUGAACUAUAUCGCCUCGAUCGUGCACGUCCUGGUGAUCAUCUUCAUCAUUGUGGCAGGCCUCACGAAGGCUGACACGAAGAAUUACACCCCAUUCGCACCCUUCAAGGUCCGUGGCAUCUUCCAGGCCUCAGCCGUGCUGUUCUUCGCGUAUGUCGGGUUCGACGCCGUGUCCACGAUGGCAGAGGAGACUAAAAACCCCGCGCGGGACAUCCCGAUCGGCCUGAUUGGGUCCAUGGUUGUGACUACCAUUGCAUAUUGCUCGCUGGUCAUCACACUGUGCCUGAUGCAGCCAUACACCCAGAUCGAUACACACGCCCCCUUCUCGGUUGCGUUCGAGGCGGUUGGGAUGGACUGGGCGAAGUACAUCGUCGCCUUCGGGGCGCUCAAGGGCAUGACAACGGUGCUGCUCGUCGGGGCCGUGGGGCAGGCCCGGUACCUCACGCACAUUGCCAGGACGCACAUGAUGCCCCCCUGGUUUGCUAAGGUCAACGAGAAGACCGGGACGCCCGUGAACGCGACAGUUGUGAUGCUCUCGGCAACUGCGGUCAUCGCCUUCUUUACGAAGCUCGACAUCCUGUCCAACCUCCUCUCCAUCUCCACAUUGUUCAUCUUCAUGCUUGUGGCGGUCGCCCUCCUAGUGCGCCGGUACUACGUCAGCGGGGUCACGAAGCCUGCCGACCGCAACAAGCUCAUCAUCUGCAUUUUGCUCAUAGUUGGGUCUUCGAUCGCGACCGCCACUUAUUGGGGCCUCAGCGAGCAUGGCUGGGUCGGGUAUGUGAUCACGGUGCCAAUCUGGUUACUAGCGACUGUGGCAUUGAGGGUGUUUGUCCCGCACGCCCGGAACCCAAAACUAUGGGGCGUGCCGCUGGUCCCGUGGCUGCCGUCGGCUUCAAUUGCCAUCAACAUAUUCCUGCUUGGGUCGAUAGACCGGGCAUCAUUCGAGCGGUUCGGGAUGUGGACCGGGUUCUUGCUGUUGUACUACUUCCUCUUCGGGCUACAUGCUUCAUAUGACACAGCCAAGGAGAGUGGAGAGACCAAGGGCAAUGAUGGCUUGGAGUGGAAGAAGGUUGAGGAAGGGAAUGUGAGCUCCACAACAAAUGCAGGCCCUGGAGGUGUAAACAACAGCAGUGAAGCUUCUGCGAUUCCUAGUACUUAGGACAACACAGUGCCCUGUAAACUGCUGUCAUUGCAGACACCUGCUGUUUCAUGUGUUUAUAAUACUUCGUGAUUUGUGACCCAAGAAGUGGUUGUUCAUAAGCAGACUUUGUUUUAUAGACUCCCAUAUUCUGUCGA